AUGUCACUCCUAUCGAGGGCUAUGUUACCCUUACUUCAAGUUUCUCUGAUUGGCGCUGGCCUCACCUCCGCGGCCACACCGUACGCCCUGCAACAACCCCCUUUGACAACAGAUUGGACGGAAGAAGUCGGCACGAACCCGUGGCCUGAGUAUCCUCGGCCCCAGCUACAGCGGCCGCAAUGGCAGAACUUGAACGGGGUCUGGCAGUAUCGGGAUGCUAGAAAUGCGGCUGCAAUUGAUUCGCCGCCCUUUGGGCAGAGUCUUGAUACGGAGGUGUUGGUGCCAUCUUGUUUGGAGAGUGGUCUUUCUGGUCUCCAAGGCCAAAGCCUAUUCUACUCAUGGCUUUCGACAAACUUUACUGUUUCUGAGGACUGGCAAGGCAACAGUGUCCUCCUAAACUUUGGGGCAGUGGACAAUGAAGCUACGGUCUUCAUUAAUGGACAGAACGUCGCGUUCCAUCGUGGAGGGUACUUUGAAUUUACAGUUGACGUGACGGAGUAUGUCAAUUUCAAGGGGUCUAAUGAACUGCUGGUUUUUGUCUACGACCCAACAGACACGUCUGGCACUAUGGUCCCCCUGGGCAAGCAGACACUGAACCCCUCGCACAUCUUUUACAGACCAUGCAGUGGCAUUUGGCAAAGCGUCUGGCUCGAGUCUGCCCCGGCCGAGCACAUUUCCAAGCUAGAUGUCAAUGCUGAUAUGAACGGCGAGGUCACCGUCACCGUCCAUAGCACGUCAAACAGCACUAGUGAUGUGAAAGUCACUAUUGAAGAUGGCUCAGACACAGUCGCCACACACUCCGGAUCCGCAAACACCGAGUUCAAAUUCAAAGUUGAUAACGUCAAGCUCUGGGCUCCUGAUACACCGAACUUGUACAACAUCACUGUAACCCUUGGAGAUGACACAGUCACCAGCUACACGGGUUUUCGCACCAUCUCCAAAGGCGAGGUCAAUGGGGUCGUCCGUCCGCUUGUGAAUGGGGAAUUCAAAUUCCUCUUUGGCACUCUUGACCAGGGAUUCUGGCCUGAUGGACUUUACACACCACCCACAAGAGAAGCAAUGGUUUAUGAUCUGAAGGUGCUGAAGGAUCUGGGAUUCAACAUGGUGCGGAAGCAUAUCAAAGUCGAGCCAGCCCUCUUCUACCGCGCCUGCGAUGAACUCGGCCUCCUCGUCAUCCAGGACAUGCCCUCUAUGCCCCUGCGCACUCCUAACGCAGCGCAGCAGGUGGAGUUUGCCCGCCAACUUGAGCUCUUGAUUAACCAGCUCAAGAAUUAUCCUAGUAUCUAUACAUGGGUUGUGUACAACGAAGGCUGGGGCCAGCUCACCACAGCGCCGGAAAUCGCCCUCACCGAGCGCGUCAGGGAGUUAGACCCAACACGCCUCGUAGACUCAACCUCCGGGUGGAAUGACCAUGGCGCUGGAGACUACAGUGACAACCACCACUACGCCAACCCGCAAUGCGGUACCCCCUUCUACUCCUCCCCUUCAGUCGCCUACGACCCGCAAAGAAUCGGCAUGCAGGGCGAAUUCGGCGGGAUCGGCCACAAUGUCUCGAUCGAGAACCUGUGGAACGUACAAGCGGCAAUCAACACCAUCCCAGAAACAUACGAGAUUGACGAGGACUUGGAUACUUGGAACUACCGCGCGCACUAUCUGCUCUCUGAGUUGACUGAGCAGGUUACAAAGUUUGCGUGCAGCGCAGCGGUCUGGACUCAGACCACUGAUGUUGAGGGAGAAGUCAACGGGCUACUCACGUAUGAUCGAAGAGUGCAGAGGACGGAUGUGGAGCAGUGGAAGGAGGAUAUCAGAGGGCUAUAUAAGGCUGCGAGGGAUAGGGCUUAAGCUGAUGGGCACCGGAAUACAUGGUUAUGAUGAUAUGACAAGUGGCGUUUAUGUUCAUCUUGAUUUGACAUGAUUCCUGUACAUUCAUUUUGAAGUAUAUGUUCUGCAUUUCUAUUGUACAUCAUUUGGAAAUGAACAAACUCUAUUCAGUAGCACA